UUGAAAGCGUGAAAGUUAAAAGAAAUAAUUUAUUUUUUAAUGUGACUUAAAUAAUUUUACAUUAUAUCAAAAGUUAUCAUUAUUUAUUAACAAUCCUAUCUUAUGUUCAUAAUUUCCAAAAACAAUUAUUAAUUAUUUCACAAUUUUAUCGUACACUAUACAAAACGACAUUGGCGUAUACUUUAUAAGUUUAUAUUUUACAUGUUUAUUAAAAUAAAAGUGUAAGAAUAAUAUUGGAAAUAAUAAUGCCAUUACCUGCUGCCUUAGUUGCACGUCUUGCAAAACGUGGACUUAUAUCGGGUUCAGAAAAACAUGAUUCUACAAAGAAAGAAGCAAAAAAGAAGGUGCACGAAGAGGUAAUUGCUGAGGACUAUGAUAAUGCAAAGGAUGAAAUUACUGAAAUUGAUAUUUCUCAAAAAUUUAUGGGUUACAGUGGUUGUCCUAAUAAAUAUAAUAUUUAUCAUGAAUGUACAAAAAAAUGUAAAGAGUUAUGGGGACUUGGUCAUAUUCAACCUUCAGAUAAAUAUUUGAAACGUCAAAUGAAAUUAAUACAGAGGUAUCCUUUACCAGAAACAUGGAAAGCAGUAUAUGAUCCAGGAUCAGGCCAGCAUUAUUAUUGGGAUUGGUCAUCAGAUUUAGUUGCUUGGUUACCACCUGGUCAUCCUAAAUGUCAAAUAUCUCAACCGGCGUCUCAGUUACGUGAAGAAUUACAUCUUAAAGCAGCUGAUCAAGAUGAUAAUAUGUCAAGUGAUGAUAGUGGAAGUGAACAAGAACCUAUGGAAGUAGAUGAAACUGAACCAAAAAGAGAGCGUAAAAUAGAAAAUAGAGGCAAGUAUAAAGGUGCAGACAAUAAAAGACAUCAAAGAUUAGAUAAACCUGAAAACAAAGACAAAAAGGAUCGUACUUUGGAUCCUAUGGAUCCAGCGUCCUACAGUGACAUUCCAAGAGGAAAAUGGUCAGAUGGAUUAGCUAGACAUAACGAAGCUAAGACAGGUGCAGAUACUACAGCUUCGGGGCCACUUUAUCAAAUGAGACCAUAUCCAAGUCCAGGCGCAGUUCUUAGAUCAAAUAGAGCAAGUAAACCGGAAUCUGAAAAUAAUGGUAAACCUAAAGUAUCGUUUCCUGAAAAACCAGAAUGAAUAAAUAUAAUAAAUGUUUUUUUCCACUGUCAAUGUUCAUCUGAUCCAAAUAAAUUA